AUGGACAGGACCGAAGGACAACCACAAAGUCACCAGCAACCUUCGGGCGGCUCCGUGCUCUUGCAGCCAUCGGCUCGGCCCAUCAUCCGUCGCAUCGUCUCUGACCGAGAUCAUCCGUUCAGCACCCAGUCGCUUCCAUCCAACGGAACGAUCCGACCCAAUCUCUGGAAUGCCGUGCGUCAGCGCGUCAAAGUCACUUCCGCCCUCAAGACACCCGCUGACUCAUCCAAACGUCGAUCUCGCGCCUUUGAGGACGAGCGCAGAUUUGACGAUGAGGGCAUCACAUCCGACACGCUGCGCGGCGACAUCGACCAUCUGCUUGCACCAGGCCAAUAUGCCGAACAAUGGCAGUCCCUCGCGCAUCUCUUCGAAGCUGCAGACCAGGAUCCCUCCGGCCAGUCCCGUUCCAAAUUGCGGCCGAGUAGAAAGAGCAAGCGUCUCUCUGUCGCGCCGUCAGGACAUACCAGGUCACCUUCACCUUCACGGAUGUCUGCAGGUCCAAGCAACACUGGUCAGCCCGGGUCAACAGCAAGACCAGCUUCAUACGUACGCAACACGCAAGAAGAGAAUCCAGAUGAUUCCUUCGCAAGCUUUGUCGGCCCGUCCUCGUUCAAGGAGAGCUCAAGCUUCAAGCUGAGAUCCCGCACGUCAAAGCUCACCACGUCAUCGCACCCACGGAACUCUCCGAGUCAAGAGCAGGACUCGGCAACCUCAGCCUCGGGGUCAUCCGCCGCGAAAGACCCUGUUCGAUUCAGCGAGGAGCCAUCGAGUAUGCUGACCGAUGAUCCCGAACAGACUCCUCUUGGUGAAGACCCGCUUCUGUAUUCGACACAAGAGCGUCUUCUGCAGAGCGACAGCGAGACCGACACCGACAGCGAGACUGAUAGCGACGAUGAUGACCAACAAAAGAGGGCAUCGCCAGCUCGAACAUCCAAUGGCAGCAAAAGCGGACUGCAUCAGAAUGGUGGACAAAGGCCGGCAUCAGAUGAAGGCCACGGAGCUGGAUCGACACGAGUGCUACCCUCACUGCAGAGCAGGAUGCGUUCACUGGGCUCUCACGCCAGCGGGUCAAAUCUCACCUUGCUGCAGCGUAGCAUCCUCAAAUGCGCUCUUGCUUAUCUGGUCGCGUCGCUCUUCACCUAUUCGACCACUCUGAGCGCCUGGCUUGCAAGCUUCUUGCCCAACAAUGAUCCUGACGACGAGGUCCCCUUUUCGAACCUUCACAUGAUUGCGACGGUAGCCGUCUACUUUCACCCUGCCAAGACGCUGGGUGCCAUGAUCGAAGCCGACAUAUUUGCGCUCGGCGCUUUCAUCUUCGCCAUCUCGCUCGGCUUCUGCUCCAUGGCAGUCGCCGUCUUCUUGCAUGAGGUCGACCGCAUUCUCAUCUCUGACAUCGUCAGCGUCCUCUUCUUCCUCGGCUUCGGCAUGGCGCUGGUUGGCUACGCAAAGAUCAAGGUCGCCAAGCCUCAAUUCAACACGGCCUGCUCGCUCAUCUCGAUCAUCGUAUUCACGGUCAUUGUCAAAGAGGGUUCGAUGCAUCUUGGCCACUUCUCGACCGAGAAGACAUUCCAGGUGACGUUAGUCGUUCUGGUCGGCUCCUUCAUCAGCAACGUCAUCUGCUUCUACGUCUGGCCGCAGAGCGCCACCUCCAAUCUGCAGGGCGACAUUGUCCGCAAUCUGCGAGGGUUCUCCACUCUCUUGCGUGUCCUCACCAAGACCUUCUUGCUCGAGGACCCUGCCAACUUUCACUUCAAGAGCGAUCGCAUCAAGCGCGCCAUCGACGACCACCAUGACAGCUUCACUUCGCUCAAGAAGAAUCUAGAAGAGGCCAAGCUCGAAUCGCUCUUCGACGUUCGGAUGCGUGGCAUGAGCGCCAAGUACGUCGAGGCUACCGAUUCGCUCAAUCGACUUGCCCAGCAUCUCACCGGUCUUCGAAGCAGCUGCGGUCUGCAGCAUCAGAUCAUGGCCACGCGCAGGGAAGCACAGCGACUAGCCAGAGAGGCUUCACAGGCAGAGUCUUCCACUCGGACAACCGUGAACGGAGCAAAUGCACCUGCCAGCGUGCCUCAGACUAGAUCUCGGCCAGCAUCUACGCGGCUUGCCGACCUGUUCGAAGUGGACGCCGACCUCAACGACGUGGCAGAUGGUGGAGCAGAAAAGGCUGGCUCCUCCGACCGCGCCACAGAGGCAACUGCAUUCGAAGACUUUAUCGCCAGCGUCGGUCCGCACAUGCGAAGUCUCGUCUUUUCCUGCUGCCGCACUCUCCGUGGAUUACGAUCUACGUUUGUCGCACGCGAUGCUUCGGAUGCUGUGCUCAAGGUGCUCUUCCAAGAUGCGAGCAACAACGGUAGCGCCACUGGCACUUGGCACGACUUUGGCGGUACGUCGAGCGGCGCUUAUGUGCCCGGGACCAGCUUCGACGGUCUCCACAGCGACAUCUCAAAGGCAUUGCGAAGGUUUCAACACGAGCAAACGGUAGCCAUUAAACGCAUCUACACCAUGGAGCCGAAGAAACUGGCGCAGCAGCUUGGCGAUGACAGCUACGAUGAUACGUCAGGUCGAAGCGCCAAAGGCCAGCAGAACGGCUCGUUUGGAGUCAAGAGCCUCUUGCAAGACGACAAGGGAGACGAGGAUGUCUUCCUCAUCUUUUUCUUCGUCUUCAACCUCGAGGAAUUUGCCAAGGAGUUGGAAGUGCUUAUUGAAGCGCUCGAGGUGAUCCGACAAGCGGAGGAACGAAUCGCAUUGGCGAGGCAAACAUCACUAUGGAUGCGAGUCCGUCUCUUUGUUGGGACAAUGGGCGCCAUGACAUCAGAAUACGCCUCGAUGCUAGGCUGGAGAUGGAGCCAGGGUAGCAGAAUGAAGAGCAGGCUCGGAAAGACUGUCAGAAGCGUGCCGGCAGCAAAGAAGAUGACGACGCCACUGGACUUCCCAUCAAACCGACGACAUGCCGUCAACACGGAUCAGACUCCGAGAGCUCUGACCUGGCAAGAGAAGCUGCAAAGAGUGGUCUGGCACAUCGGCGAGUUCUUCCGUCAGCCUGACACAAAGUUCGCGAUCAAGUCCGGUCUCGGAAGCGCUCUUCUGGCGAGCCCUGCUUUCUUCCCCUCGACACGCCCGAUCUUCACCAAGUUCCAGGGCCAAUGGGCGCUGGUCAGCUUCAUGGUCGUGCUCUCGCCGACAGUCGGCCAGUCGAAUCACAUGAGCCUUCAUCGCAUCAUGGGAACCAUCCUCGGGGCGUGUGCUGCCAUCGGCGUCUACAAGCUCUUCCCAGACAACGGGGUCGUGCUGCCGAUCUUCGGAGUGCUGUUUUCGAUCCCUUGCUUCCGCUAUAUCGUUGGCAAGCCUCAGCUCGCGUCGAGUGGUCGCUUCGUGCUGCUCACGUACAAUCUGACGGCCCUGUACAGCUACAAUCUGCGCAAGACCGAAGUCGAGGUGGAGCAGAUUGCGUAUCAGCGGACGGUCUCGGUCAUCGUUGGUGUGCUGUGGGCCACAAUCCUCAAUCAGCUAGUCUGGCCCUUUGAAGCGCGUCGGCAGCUGGCACUGGGUGUAUCGGACGUACUCUUCAAGUUGGCAUGGCUCUACCAGCGAUUAGUGCUGUCGUACUCCCGCGAUCCUUCGCAGAAGCGAUCGAGGCACCGUGGUCCAGGGGAAGAUGGCGAGGACGAGGACGCAGACGACAGCUUUGAGCAGCACGGUGUGGACGGUCAGAACGACGAAGAGACAGCUCUGCUGGGCACCUUCGCAACGCAACAUGGCGACGAAUUCCAAGCGAUCGAGUUGCACUUGCAGGUCUCGAUCAUCAAGUUGGAAGGCCUGCUCGCGCAGACCAAGCACGAGCCGCGGCUGAAAGGACCGUUUCCCGUCGCCACCUAUCGGUCGAUGCUGUCGUGCUGUCAGAACAUCCUGGACAAGCUGCACAGCAUGCGAUGCGUGACCACGCGACAAGACUGGUACCGACACGUCCGACGCGACUUUGUGAUCCCGGUCAACGCCGAGCGACGCGAGAUGGUGGGCAACGUGUUGCUCUACUUUUACACGCUUGGAUCAGCAUUCCACCUCAAGAAUCCGGUUCCGCCCUAUUUCCCACCAGCGGGUCAGUGCCGGUUGCGACUGCUGGAUCGGAUCCGAGAGCUCCCUGUGGUCAAGAGGAGGGCGGUGCGCGGAUCGAGUGCGUAUCUGCUGUUUUACUCGUACGCACUGGCGAUGAAGGAUGUGAUCGACCAGUUGGAUGCGUUGGGCAGAUUGACGCAACAGAACUUUGGCGUGUGGGGAGGCAGCGUCGACGACUUUGAGCGGCAUUUUGUGUCGAGCGCCGAGUCGGUGGUGUCGAGCCCGUAUGCGAGCAAGAAGCCUUCUCGGAGCAAUCUCGGUGCGGCUGGAUGA